AUGAUGACAUUGAUGUAUAGGUUGAACCCAGCCAUAUCGCACAGAGUAUCACUGUAUUCGCAGGAGGAAUCAACUCCAUCAUCCGCAACGACAGCAUCCACCUCUGCGAUACCAACAGGUUCCUCAUCUGCAGCAUCAGCAACAUCCUCUUUACCGUCCUCAGGUUCAAAGCACAUUAAAUGUGCUAUCAAUUUAGCCGCAAUCACUAACCAGCAAACAGUUGCCACCUCUACUAAGAUGUAUUCGCUACAGCAUCAAACUUCCUUACAGCCUAACGGCAGCGCUACGAAUGCGAGAAGUCAAAGUCGUUCAACAGAAGGUUCGGGAUCCGGUGGUUUAACACCGUCGAAUUCAUCACAACAAUCCGGUAGCACACAACCCUCACAGCAAACUCAUCAGAUGCAACCAAUGGGACAGUUAGGUGUAGCAUUGCAGCAAGCAACCGGAAUAGAAGCUCCACCAGCGAGUUUCACCUUUAACAACUCUGAUCUGUUUUCAUCCUUUCCAACCAACCACAACUUACUGCAAUAUCAGAUGCGACCGGAGUUGAUGGGCCUACCUGGAUUUCGAGCUGCUAAUGGUUCAUCUGUGAACGCGGAAAACAGUAAACUCUUACGAACUAUAAAGGCUUUGGAAGCUAAAAAAGUCGUUGAUACUAAUAGUAAAAAAAAUAAUGGAACCUGGAUUUUUCAGUUAUUUCGCAUCAAUCCCAAAAGUAUUAUUAGAAUAAAAGUAACAUUUAUCGAAGUUAUUCAUGAGAUUCGAGAAACUAAGAAACUAGGAUAUUGA